AUGUCGGCACCCAACCAAGCCAAAUCCAAGCACAUUUCAAAGGGCCCCUUGGAUCCGGUCGAGGCCCGGUGGACUCGAUUGGUUAAGACCAACUACACGGAUCCGUUGGGCGUCGAGCGCACUUGGGAAUCUGCGGAGCGUACGACCCGCCCGGCCGACUGCGCGAUCGAUGGCGUAGGGAUCUGCACCAUUCUGAACAAGUCCACGGGGCCUGAACUGCUGCUGCAAAAGCAAUACCGGCCCCCGAUUGAUCGCGUCGUCAUCGAGGUCCCUGCGGGCCUUAUCGAUGCUGGUGAGACUGUAGAGAAAUGUGCGGUGCGAGAGCUCAAGGAAGAGACCGGUUACGUCGGUGUGGCGGAGCAAACCAGUCCGGUGAUGUUCAAUGACCCGGGUAUGUGCAAUACCAACUUGAAUAUGGUCCAUGUGCGCGUGGACAUGUCGCUGCCCGAAAACCAGAAUCCCAAGCCGCAACUUGAAGAAAAUGAAUUCAUUGAAUGCUUUUCUGUUCCGCUGGCUUCGCUGUUUGAGCAGAUGAAGAAGCUUGAGAAAGAGGGCUACGCUAUUGAUGCUCGGGUUGGUACACUCGCUGAGGGCAUUGAGCUGGCGAAAAAGUGGAAGCUGUGA